UGAAGGUUUACCUCAAUGUAGUGGAGUUUUGUGGAAAACUUCUCCAAGAACCUUUUUAUCAAAUAGAACAAUCAAGCAAUGCGUAGUAUCUUGCUGAGAUUUAAUCGAUUAAGUGGAGUGAGAAACAUAACCUCACAACUUUGUUUACAAAAUCCUUUCCGGGAGAAGAUUCGUGGGAUUCACACUUGUUCAGGUAAAUGUAAAUCUCUGAGGGACUAUCUUCCCACAUUUUGGGUGCCAAAGACAGUUGAGCCCCCCUAUAGGCAUGUCACUCAGAUUGGAGAUCCAAUUCUCCGGCUGAGAGCAGAAGCAGUCCCCGAUGGAGAGGCCGCAAGUCCGGCAAUGAAGUUCUUGUUUGAGCGCAUGAUUGCGGCAAUGCGAGCUUUCAAGUUGGUCGGGCUGGCGGCACCCCAAGUGGGAAUACCUCUUCGUGUCAUCGUAAUGGAAUUCCCAGAGGCCGUGAUGGAGACUUAUGCCCCUGAAAUUAUCAAGACACGAAACAUGCAACUUCUACCACUCACGAUCCUCGUGAAUCCAGUGCUGAAAGUAACAGACUUCACCCGGAAAACCUUUCCCGAGGGAUGUGGCAGCAUGACGGGAUUCACUGCGGAUGUGGCACGUUAUGCGGGUGUUGAGGUGAAGGGAUACGAUGAGAAUGGCAUGCAGAAGACAGUGCGGCUCGAGGGUUGGAAUGCACGGAUUGCACAGCAUGAGACAGAUCAUCUCGAGGGAACAAUCUUCAUUGAUGUCAUGGACAGGAAGACGCUGCAACUAAACUGCUGGGAGAUGAUAAAUGCCCGUGAGGGACGUGUGGAGCUAAAGUACUACUCCAAAUAGAUUAUGUAUAGCUUUUGUAGGAUCAAUAAAAAAUUAUUAAUAUU